AUGCAGGAAGAUGGAGAGCUCAUCCUGGAGGGGUUGCUGAACAUCUACUGGGGUCUGCGCCGACCAAUCAGACUUCAGAUGUACGACGACAAUGAAAGAUUUCGUCUCAACCGAAACGAUAGAUCUGCUGGGGCAAAGCAGCUCUCAGAAGAGUCUAACAACAACUCACUGGGUACAGAACCUGAGCCAGCAGGUGGAGACACAUGUGGACCGGAUGAGGAGGAUUCUCCUCAGCUGCUGAGGACUAGGAGUGAUGCUUCCUUCAUGCGGGUUCAGAGGAGGUCAAGGACACACACUGCCAGAGAUUUGCAGCGCUUGCGCACACACAGAUUCUCAAUCAACGGACACUUCUAUAACCACAAGACAUCUGUAUUUACUCCGGCCUUCGGUUCUGUUACUAACGUACGAGUGAACAGCUCCAUGACGACUGGACAAGUCCUCAACUUGCUGCUACACAAGUUUAGGGUGGAGAAUAAAUCUGAAGAGUUUGUACUUUAUUUGGUGCACGAGUCUGGUGAAAAGACCCGACUGAGGGAAGGCGAAUACCCGCUGGUGACUCGUGUGCUUUAUGGACCCUGUGAGAAAAUCUCCAAGAUCUUGAUCACAGAGGCCGACCUGGGAGAGGAAGUCACAUAUGAUGUUUAG